GUUUGUUUCAACCAAAAUAUACCCGGACAUAGCGGCGGGAGGGCUCCGCCCCCCUCCAGACUCUGUGUGACGUCAGGUCCAGCCCUCCCCGCUCCCUCCCAGGCUCGGCUGCCCGCUCUCUCGCGCUCUCUCUCUCCCCUCUAGUAAGCGGCUUCUAGUAAGCGGCUGCGGCUCAGCGAAGAAGCGUCCUCAUUAUCCGGCGGCCGGGGCUUCGUCUACACGGCUGACAUAGCAACGCGGCUUCACCCGCCACCCACACACACGUAACAGCAGCCCGGGAAGAGGCACCGAGCGGACAACAUGGGAAAUGAAGCAAGCUACCCGUUGGAGAUGUGCUCGCACUUCGAUGCUGAUGAGAUCAAACGACUGGGGAAAAGGUUUAAGAAACUCGAUUUGGACAACUCCGGAUCCCUAAGCGUAGAGGAAUUCAUGUCUUUACCCGAGCUGCAGCAGAACCCCCUCGUCCAGCGAGUAAUAGACAUAUUUGAUACUGACGGGAACGGAGAGGUCGACUUUAAAGAGUUCAUUGAAGGAGUGUCACAGUUCAGUGUUAAAGGUGACAAAGAACAGAAACUGAGGUUUGCUUUCCGUAUAUACGAUAUGGACAAAGAUGGCUACAUCUCUAAUGGAGAGCUUUUCCAAGUAUUGAAGAUGAUGGUGGGAAACAAUCUCAAAGACACCCAGCUACAGCAGAUAGUAGACAAAACGAUUAUCAACGCAGAUAAAGAUGGCGACGGAAGAAUAUCUUUUGAAGAGUUUUGUGCUGUGGUAGGAGGUUUAGAUAUCCACAAAAAGAUGGUGGUUGACGUGUGACUCCUCAGAGCAACACCCAACACUUCUGCUUUCUUCUCCAUCUCUGAAGAUCUGCUCAAGACGUCCAGCAACGCUCUCUGUGUAUUUUAAAUGGAAGUAUUUUUCUCUGUGAAGCCACAUUUUCCAACAUGAGCCUCAUGAAGCCAACCUAAGUGUUAUUGAACUUUUUAAUUCUCUCAAUAACUCAGUGUAGCACUUUAUAGUCUGAAGGACAGCACAAUGGGGAAGAGCAUAUCGGCUUGAUGGAGAAAAAGAAGGGAGUUGGCUUUUUUUCUUUUUCAUAUUUUUUUAUUUAUUUUGGUUUUUUUUUCUUCAUCUUUUAUAACAAGGAGUAUAUAAAUAGCUUUCUAUGUAGUCAGUAGGUGGGGCUUCAACUUAAGUUACUUGAGUAACGAAAACAAAUGAACCUAGAGUAAACAAGUGCCAAGCAGAACAUAAGCCGUUCAAUACCGAAAAUCGAAAUCCUUACUUUUAUUUCACACAGAUAAUAUAUAUA